AUGUUCGAUAAAAUUAGUGUUGUAAUAACUGACAAUGCGUCGUCUAUGAACAAAGCGAUUAGACAACUAGGCACUCCUCACCUUGGUUGUACAGCACAUACUAUUUAUCUUGCGGUUACGGAUGGGUUAAAACAAUGUAAAACUUUAAUUGGGCUUCUUGAACUUCGAGAACUGAUUUUAGAAUUGGCAACAAAUCUAACAAAUAAUCCUGACCGUACUAUUCAUGCUGAUGGUAAUAACCUUAAUGAAAAAAUACUUACUGAUGAAGAAUAG